AGAGAGAAGUGCGGGGUAACCUAUGGAUACUCGAUUGCUAUCAGAGAUGAUGAAUAACACGAAUCCAUUACAGACGACUGCGUCCCUCUCUGCACAGCCCCCUAGCCCUGUGACUACCUCUAUAAAAGAAGGGGACCUGGAUGUCCCUCUAAGCUGACCCGUUCCCUCCCAUCCUCUGCAGAAGUCGGCAGCAGGAGUUCGGAGCCCCACCAUGCCGGUGUUCACGUCGCUAUUUGGGAGCAGCAUUCACACAGCCCUCCUACUCAUCCUUACAGCGCUCAGGGGAGAGGCCAGGUACAUCGAGAAAAACGGACCCGUGGAAGAAGACCGUUUUUCACUGUGGAGAACUGAACUCAAACGAGAAUUGACUCCUGAACAUCUGUACCACCGAUCAUUAAAAUGCAUCGACAUGGUCAGCGUAGAGGGGCAGUUCACCUUCAAUGCCGACCAGCCUCAGCUGCAUUGUGCCAUAUUCUUCAUUGGCGAUCCAGAAGAACUGAUCAGUAUCGAAUACAGUUUUACAAACCUUGAUUGCCAAGGAGGAGAUCUUUUCAAGAUAUUUGAUGGUUGGAUAAUGAAUGGAGAGAAGUUCCCCAGCUCAAUAGAUCAUCCACUUUCUACCUCUGAACGUUAUGUAGACUUGUGCGACAGUGGCAAUAUCGGAACGACUAUCACAUCAUCCCAAAAUGUGGCCAUGUUAUUCUUCAGGGUUCAUUCACCUGGCAAUGGAUUUACUAUAAUUGUCAAGAAAAUUAACAAUCUCUUUCCUUGUAAUGUGAUAUCUCAGAGUCCCAAUGGAAGAUUCACACUGUUAGUUCCUCAUCUUCACAGAAACUGUAGUUUCUCUAUCAUUUACCCAGUGGAACUUGAAAUAUCUGAGCUCACUCUGGGCCACUUCAAUGAUCUGCUCAUAAAGAAGCAGGCAGCAAGCUGCAGCGGACAAGGUGACUUUGUAGAACUACUGGGCGGCAAUGGGCUGGACCCUUCAAAAAUGCAUGCUGUGGCUGAUUUAUGCUACUCUUUUAAUAGUCCAGCUCAAAUGAAGAUUGGCUGUGACAAUUCUGUAGUGCGUAUGGUGUCUAGUGGCAAAUACAUCAAUCGUGUGACUAUUGAAUAUCGUCAGAUUGAUCUGCGUGAAUUGCCAAAACCAAAAGGAAACAGUAUAGAAAGCUUCUGUUUUCCCACUGACUGAGCCAUGAAGCAUACAAUGUUUUUUCAGUAUUAGAAUAAAUCCUG